AGUAAGAGCGCCGCAGGAUACAGCUUCCUGGGCUGCAGUCCUGUCUUCAUCAGUGCCCGGGACCAGAGGUCGCCGUUAUUGAUCCGUGUACUCAGCGCGCUGUUGACAGAGAAGUUUGGGGACUGUGAGGAGGCAGCAGCCUGUGAGGACUGAGAGGCACCAGGGAGCCAGACAUGCAUCACCCGGGGGUCCUGCUGCUGCUGCUGGGGGCACUGGCCCAUAUCACCCCCCGGGUAACUGCCCUGGACAGAGACUACUAUGUGGCGGCUGUCACCGCUGACUGGGACUACAGCAAUGGACGGGCUGACAGCUCUGAAUAUGUCUAUAAGAAGAUCAUUUUCAGGGAAUAUGAAGACGGUUUUCAGAAAGCAAAGCCUGCAUCCAAGCUGUCAGGUAUCCUGGGACCGACGUUACGUGCAGAAGUUGGAGAUACUUUAAAAGUCCACUUUAAGAAUAUGGCUAGUAAGCCUCUCACCAUUCAUCCACAAGGAAUUUCAUAUGGAAAACUAUCUGAAGGGACAAAAUAUAUGGAUGGUACAUCUUCCCUGGAAAAACUGGAUGAUUUUGUUCUGCCCGGUGAAAUCUACACCUAUAACUGGGAUAUUACAGAAGAUGUAGGGCCUAAAGAAGCUGAUCCUGACUGUUUAACAAGUAGUUAUUAUUCAACGGAAAACCCAGUACAAGAUGUGAAUUCUGGAUUGAUUGGUGCAUUGCUGAUAUGUAAAAAAGGAAGCCUGCAUCAAAACGGAACACAAAAGAACUUCGAUAAAGAUUAUGUUCUGAUGUUCGGUGUGUUUGAUGAAAGUAAAAGUUGGCAAACCUUUCCAUCGACAAAGGAGAGACCUUUAAUGUAUACCGUAAAUGGAUAUGUGAAUGGAGCUCUACCAGCGUUCACAGCCUGCGUUGGUAACAGAAUUAGCUGGCAUAUAUUGGGUUUGAGUUCUAAACCUGAAUUUUUCUCCAUUCAUUUCUUUGAACACUCCCUGGAGCAAAACCCUAAUAAAGUCUCUAUAAUAAGUCUUGCCAGCAUGGCGUCCACAACCGCCAACAUGACUGUGUCACAGACUGGCAGAUGGAAGAUAUCUUCUCUUGUUGAAAAGCAUCUCAAAGCCGGUAUGCAUGGUCAUUUGGAGGUACAGUCAUGUGGUGAGCAACAGAGCAGUACACGCAGAGUAUCUAUUUUUCAAACAAGAUACAUUAAAACGUGGAAUUACUAUGUAGCUGCAGUGGAAGUGGAAUGGGAUUAUGCAUCUGGGACGUCGGAGAACUCCGAGAAAACGUACUGCCACCAUCCAUUUAAGAAAGUAAUCUAUAAGCAAUACCGCGAUGGCACUUUCACAGAGACAGUGGAAAACUCCAGAGAACUCGGACUGAUCGGACCAGUGAUCCGUGCCCAGGUCAAGGAAACAAUUAUGGUUGUUUUUAAAAACAUGGCUAGCCAGCCCCACAACAUAUAUCCACAUGGCGUGUCAUUACAAAGAUUCUUCGAGGGAUAUGCCCCAGACCCAAAAGGUGAGGAGAUGGAGAACAGCACAGUGAUGCCAGGGGAAACGGCUACUUAUUACUGGACUAUACUGGAAACUGAUGAACCUACAAAAAGUGACCCACAGUGUUUAACGAGAAUGUAUCAUAGCACUGUUAACAUAGUGAAGGAUUUGGCCUCUGGACUCCUCGGUACAAUUCUAAUCUGCAAGCCAAUGGCAUUAAAUACUAGGGGACUACAGGAAAAAGCUGAUACAGAGCAGAUCGCAAUGUUUACUGUAUUUGAUGAGAACAAAAGCUGGUACUUUGAGCAUAACAAACCAAAGGCAUGCAACAAAGUGCUCAACAAAGACGCAAAGAGCCUGUACAACUCCUAUGUCAUCAGCAGCAUCAAUGGAAAUAGCUAUGAAAAUGCAAUUCUGGGCUUUUGUCAUAGUCAUGUUGUUCAGUGGCAUGUCUCAAAUGUUGGGGUGCAAGAUGAAACCAUUACAUUACAGCUGAGCGGUCAUACUUUCCGAUACAAACUGAGAAGUGAGGAUAUGGUGACUCUCUUUCCAAUGACUGGUGAAAGUAUUUCUAUUGAAAUGAGUAAUCAAGGUGUCUGGAUAUUUGGAAACUAUAACUCAAAAGUCACAACUUUGAGAUUUCGGAAUGCAAAAUGUGUAAAUGAAGAAGAUUAUUACGACUUCCCAGAUGCAGAAUUUAUGUUUGACUAUCCAGAGAUUAGAGCAGAUACAGGAGAAAGCUCUAAAGAAAAUGGAAAUACUCAGGAUGAUGUUGACUACAAUGAUGGGUUGGCUGACUUGUUUAAUAUUCGAUCACUUAGAAACAAUUCAGAAGCAAUAGAAAAAGGUGUAAAUCUCACUGCUUUAGCCAUAGAGCAUAUGUAUGAUGGUGAUGAUGAAAUUGUAGAAGUUUCUGUUAAGCCAAGAGAGGAGACUGAAAAGUAUUCAUCUGAGUCCAGUGAAGAAGAUUUUAUUAUGAAAGGUGGUGGUGAGUACUCCUCAAAAGACGAUGCUCUCCUUAAAAAGAAUGGAAGUGAAGACUAUAAUGGAACCAAUGUGUUUGAAGAUGUCCUUCAGCAUGACAAGUUGAAUCAAACAGAAGAAGAGUUUGAUGGUCAGAUUCUAAGCAAUAGCUCAGAUUUGGACAGUGGACCAAACAGUACUGUAUUUAAUGAUGAAAGGUAUGGUAAUUCUACAUUAUAUUUUGAAGAAUCCUCUGUAGAAGAGAAAGAUAGAAAGUCAAUACAGAUGGAAGGCAAUGGCUCAGACACUGUACAUUCUAUAAAUGUUACCAAACGACAUGCAGAGAAUGAUGAUGGAAACUCCUCCAGUAAAAAUGUAAUUGAAGAUGAGAAGAAUGAGAUGAAUGCUUCUAGUAAUAUCCAGAAAUCAGAUGACAACGAUUUUUCAUUGGUGAGACCUGAGAACAUCACUGAAUUACCACGAUUAGAUAAUGUCAGAAGUGAAGUACCACACCUAAUGGAACAAAAGGACAACAAUCAGGUAACAUCAAUCUAUAACCGGAAUUCAGAUGAGCACACUAAUGGAGGAACUCAGGAACCAACCAAAGCAUUACCACCAGUUGUGCCCACCAAUCUUCAGAAUGUCACAAUACCUGCAAAGACACAUGACAGUGUGCAUGUCCAAACCCAUAUGACCACACCAGCUUCAUCUCAAAAUAUAAUUGAUGAUUUUCGUGACACAGAACUUGUAGAAAUGUUUGGUGCCCAUAUAUUUGAAGAUAUCAUGAAAAAUAUUGUUCUCAAGGAACAAAGUGAAACAGAUGCUAAAGAGAGUGAAAACGCAAUCCCUAAUGAAACUGUAGAGAAUCAUUUUGAGGAUCUUCAAAAUCAAUCCCUUCCAACAAGUAACGUGACAGUAGAAAAAGUCAAUAAUACUGAUGUUAAACAAAAUAAAAAACGGUAUUUCAAAAAGAUGGGCAUGUUUCAAAUUGACCAAAAUGCAAAUCAGACAUUGGUUGUUAAGUAUCUCAGAAGGAAAAAAAAUAUGGUAAAGAUGAAAGAAAAAAGAACCGCUGUUAAUAGCCAAAAGAGCGAGCAGGGCUAUAAGAAAAAUGGGACCUUAUUUGAUGAAAACAUGGCGCCAAAUAAUUCUGUACACAGUGAUGUAAGGAAUGGGACAUUUACUCCAAGAGGGUUUAGUCCAAGAGGAUUCAAUCCACAUGAACACAAAUCUGAAAUUGUAAUUGGAGUAUCCAGAGGAAUGGAUGGUAAUUAUGCAGAGUAUGACCAUGAUGCCAGCUUCCUCACUGAUGAAGAGAAAAUCAAGCCUCAAUAUAUUUUAUAUGAAGAACCAUAUAAAAUAGAGACAGAGGAUGAUGUAAACCGCUACACUAACCCAGAUAAGAUAGUAGAACAUUUCAUGCGAACCUCAAAAGGAACAAAAAGGAAUUACUAUAUUGCAGCUGAGGAAGUGCAGUGGGACUACACAGGAGGCUCAAGAAGGAACCAAGUAAAUGAAAAACAUAUUGGUGAAACAAGGCAGACCAUGUACACAAAGGUUGUAUUUCGAAAGUACCUCGACAGCACUUUUACAAAACCUGAUGUAGAAGGUGAAUAUGAAGAACAUCUUGGCCUACUUGGACCUGUCAUUAGAGCUGAAGUUGAGGAUAUUAUCCAGGUAACUUUUAAAAAUUUGGCAUCAAAGCCGUACUCAAUUCAUGCACAUGGAGUGUCUUAUGAAAAGUCAUCAGAGGGCUAUGAGUAUGAUGAUGAAACUCCAGAUUGGCUGAAGAAAGACGGUGUUGUGCAGCCUCAGAAAUCCUAUGUCUAUGUUUGGUAUGCCACAAAGCAGUCAGGACCUGAGCCAGAAGGCUCUGCAUGCAGAACAUGGGCCUAUCACUCAGGUGUUAAUGCGGAGAGAGACAUUCAUUCAGGCCUUAUCGGACCCCUGAUAAUCUGCCGAAAUGGGACUCUUGAUAAGCUAACCAACCAUCCACUGGAUGCACGUGAAUUCAUUUUGCUAUUCAUGAGCUUUGAAGAAGAAAAAAGCUGGUACUUUGAUAAGAACUUGAAGAAAACUUGUAAAGACCGGACUGAAGAAUCAUCAAAUGGAAUGAAUUGUCAUACCUUUCAUGCCAUAAAUGGAAUUACAUUCAACCUUCAAGGUUUCAAUAUGUAUCAGAAUGAACUAGUGAGAUGGCACAUGUUAAAUAUGGGAGGACCUAAAGAUAUUCAUGUGGUAAAUUUCCAUGGUCAGACGAUCACGGAACGAAUAAAGGCUGAAUUUCAGCAACCAGUGUACCCCCUAAUGCCUGGUACUUUCGCAACAGUUGAAAUGAAGCCAGCAAGGGCAGGUAUCUGGCUGCUUGAAACCGAGGUGGCAGAAUAUCAGCAAGCCGGAAUGCAAACAAUAUUCAACGUUGCAGAAGAAGGUUGUAACUUUCCACUUGGCCUCGCAAGCAGAACAAUAUCCGAUGAGCAGAUUACAGCAUCACAUUAUAUAGAUCCCUGGGAGCCUAAGCUAGCCAGAUUGAACAACGCGGGAUCAUACAACGCAUGGAGCGCACAUCUGAAUAAAUCCUCACUGCCAUGGAUCCAGGUUGAUCUGCAAAAAAUGUUCUUAAUCUCUGGAAUACAAACGCAAGGAGCAAGUAAAUAUUUUACACAGUAUUACAUCAAGGAGUUUUUUAUUGCAUACAGUAAAGAUAGGAGAAAGUGGAAUGUUUUCAAAGGGAACAGCACGGCAAUACAUAAGAUCUUUGAAGGCAAUUCUGACUCAUCUAGUACAAAAGAAAACCAGUUUAACCCACCAAUUGCAGCACGAUACAUCAGGUUAAUUGCUACAAGGUUCACCAAUCAGCCUGCUCUUCGCAUGGAGUUACUUGGGUGUGAAAUACAAGGUUGUUCUGCACCACUUGGUAUGGAGAACAAUAACAUCAAAGAUGCACAAAUAACAGCUUCUUCACACAAGUCUUCCUGGUACUCAGGUUCAUGGUUAGCGUCAUUGGCACGUCUUAACAAGGCUGGAAGUAUUAAUGCUUGGCAAGCAAAGUCAAACAACAAUCAGCAGUGGCUGCAAGUAGAUUUCCUUGUGACCAAGAAAAUCACUGGACUGAUGACACAAGGUGCCAAAUCCCUUACAGUUGAGAUGUAUGUGAUGUCCUACAUUGUCCAAUACAGUGACAAUGGAAGGAACUGGAAGUCUUACAUGGAUAGUUCCACAUCAAUGGAAAAGAUAUUCAAAGGAAAUAGCAACAGCUUUGGAUAUGCUAAGAAUGAAUUCAAUCCGCCAAUAUUUUCACGAUUUCUGAGGAUUAUUCCCAAAAGUUGGAACCAAAGCAUUAUGAUGAGGCUGGAAGUGUAUGGCUGUGAUACAUAAAUCAUUGCACUCUUUGCACUGAUUUUUAUGGUACCAUCAGUUACAUAGUUACAAGGGUGGUAGUUUUCAGUAUUUCUAAAAACCAGCUACGCAUUUGUCAUACUUUUCAGUGAAUCGAAGGCUCUGAACGUUCAUACAAUUUCUUCUUUUUGAUUAUUGAGUUUAUUAUUUAUAUCUUUUGUGUUGUUAUUAUUACAUCAUUGCUUCUUUCUGAGAAUGCUUAUUAUUCGUGUACCUAUUUCUCUACAUCUACCAAACAUCGUAUCCUCCAGCAGAAAAAUGUCCUUCACAUGGGUUUUCUGUGAGUUUAUAUCAUGAGCAUUUUUUUAUCCGCAAAAGUGUUCUCCAAUAAAAAAAAACGUGUUAAUAUA